AAAUGGCGGGUAGUUUGACGGCUUGUCGUGCUUCGUAUCAGUCUUCUUUCUCUUUUACGUAAGAUACGACUCUAAAAGUUUAAUAUCUAAAGAGUGUUCAAACUAGUAGCAUCUCCACGAUGCGUUUCCGUGCAAAAAUAAUUGACAUAUCUUGUAUUCAAAGGCUAACACGUGUCUUAGCUACCUUAUCGAGGAUGGCCAAGACUUGUGUCCUUCGUCUCACUCCAACGAAGCUGUAUUUUAUCUUUUCUGAAACCGCGGGAACAAGUGGUGGUGUUUCUAUGUGGUGUGAACUUACCCAGGGUAACAUCUUUGAUGAAUAUCGUAUUGAAGGUGUGGAUGAAAGCAACAACAUUUACCUGGAAUUGGUACCUGAGAACUUGUCCAGGGCAAUGAGAUCAGCCGGUAGUGCCCAAGCAGUAAAAAUUAAACUGACCAAAAAACAUACUCCUUGUUUUACCUUUGAGAUCACACUGCCAUCACUUUCCACACACACUAGGAGUGUUGUGCAUGAUGUUCCAGUCAGUGUUGUUCCUCAAAGGAAUUGGGAAGAGUAUUCAGAGCCAAAUAUGCCAGACUUUGAUGUUAGUAUCUACAUGCCACCCAUGAAGACUGUUAGGAAUGUGGUUGAGAGAAUGAAAAAUCUCAGUAAUUACAUGACAAUUGCUGCCAAUGUAAAAGGAUCCAUGACCCUUGGAGUAGAAACAGAUCUAGUAACCAUAGCAACACAUUUCAAACAUCUGGAUAAUCCUGUUUGGGAGGGUGAAGAGAAUUUACAGACCCAAGACAAGGAAGAAAUGGCACAGGCUAGAAUUGAAAUAAAGAAGAUGGCAACUUUUCUUCAAGGCGAGCAGUUUGGUCCAAAUAAAGUCAUAUGCAAUAUUAUUGACAGCAGAGCAAUUCAGUUUUUUCUUGUCCAUGAUGAUUUAUCACUCCAGUAUAUCAUACCAGCUGUAUCAAGAUAGCAUUAGAGAAUCAGGGAGGAUUGUUAGUAUGUAGGUAGAGUAGAGUAGACAUGGUGAAAGUGUACUAUGAAACCUUCAAAUUGUAUUGGUCUCCAAAAACAAUUUCUGGGCUGCUAUCUGUCAGGACAUGGCUUAAUAAGAUAGAAGUGCAAAAUAGCAUGUUAGUUCAGUGGGGAGAGGCAAAACCUGGAGAAUGGCUAAAGGGAUCUUACAUUUUUUUACUGGGAGUAGGGGAGGGGAAGGGGAGAAGUGGGAUUUAAGAGGGGUCAUUUUAAAAAAUCAGUCUCAAGAAGGAGCACACACAAACAGAAAUCCAAGUUGCAAUGCAUUUGUCGACACCACUAAAACUCACCUCAACUUUGUGUAAACGAUAAACUUUAGUUUAUGUUUGAUGUACAUAAAACAUAUCAAGAACAACUAAAUCUCCCAGUAAACCCCUUGCUGGGAGUGGGUCUGCACAGGGAGCCCAAAGUCCGCUACACACUUUCGUAAUUAACAGAAUGGUAAUUCUUCACAGGGGAAAGUACCCAGUCUUGAAAUAAAAUCCCAAGAAAGUAUUAAUAACAAAAUGUAAAGGUCUGUUGCAACAGUGUUAUAGAUUAAUAAUUUGUGGCUGGGUAUGACCUAGAUGGGGGAAGUGGGAAAGAGUAAAAGGGAUAGGAUGAAACAAUGGGAGUUUAUGAUGGGGAGGAUCUGUUAUGUACUAGAAUCCCAUCCAGGAGGAGAAGAGAUCGAUACACCUGAUUACUUGAUCAUUCUAUAGAUCCCUUUCAAAAUAGUCCUCAAUACAAGGCUAGUAGGAAAAUACCAAUUUGUAUUUGUGCUGAUUUUUUGUUUUUCUAUAAAGCUUUAGCUGUA